UGUGACUUCGAAGAAAAAUUGCUCCAGUGCUGUGGUGUAAAAACAAGAUUUCAACAUGGCCGAUCAUGAACUGACUAAGAAAGUCAAGGGGUUUUACAACGACCUCGUUUUGAGCUGUGAUUUUGUCUGUAACGUCAACGAACCCGACCUGACAGAGGAAGAGAGAGAAUUAGUAAAGAAACUUCACCCUGAAACUAUGAAGAGGUAUUACGGGUCUGGAUUGGCGAUCCCAUCACAUGUGGAAGGAUGUAAAAUUCUUGAUGUCGGGUCUGGUUCUGGCAGCCUUGUCUUCGUCCUCAGCAAGCUAGUGGGUCCAAAGGGCCACGUGACAGGGGUUGAUAUCACCCCAAAUCUGACUGACAUCAGCAGAAAAUACACGAAGUACCACUGCGACCUUUGGGGUUUGUCGCAGCCAAACAUCGAGUUUCACUGUGGCAAUGCGGAACGGCUGAAAGAAGACUUUGGCUUUAAAGAGAACAGUUUUGAUAUCAUCGUGUCAAAUGGUGUACUCUGUCUAUGCCCAAACAAAGAAAAGGUGCUUGCUUCAAUUUAUAGCACCCUGAAGGAAGGUGGCGAGUUUUAUCUGAAUGAUGUAUAUGGCAGCAGACAAGCCCCAGAAGAGUAUAAGGAUGAUUUUAAGUUUUGGGAUCUGGGUCUAACUGGAUCCCAGGUUUGGCCUGAGUUCGGCGAGUCCAUGAAAUCUGCAGGAUUCACGACACCUUACAUGACAAUGGCUGGACCCGUGGACGUCAGUGAUGAGUAUACGGCUAAACUUCAGGGCGCCAAAUAUGUUUGUGCAGGACACCGGAUGUUCAAGUUACCCAAAGGUGCACAUAGAGGACCAGCGAAAGUAACUUACAAAGGGAACAUUGCAGGACAUAAGGACGAAUUUAAAUGGGAUGUUGAUUUAACAUUCAAGACUGGAACACCAAUGGCUGUCGAUGCAGAACUGGCAACCAUCCUAGCCUUCACGAGAUACAAGGACUGUUUUGACUUUGAAGACGUCACAGCGACCAUUACAAAGAGGGCUCAGAACCCAUUCACCUACCUCGAGGAGCUGGCUGCUAAGGGAAAACCGUUUCCAUAUAUUUACGAAGUUAAAUAAGAUGGCAGUGCUGACAUUCUUGUUCUGUUUUCAUCUUUGACUGUCCA